AUGAUCCGAGAUCAGAAAUCACCAUCAGAUAAUGCAGCUGCUCUGUCUCGAGGAAUUUCAAAACAUACGGUUGCCAAUUCUCCAGCUGCUGGCAUGAUGCGGUUGUUUUCCCAACUUGCGAUCCGCUCUAUUGUGAGCUUAUCGAUCUUCUCCGGUGCCAUCGCAUCUACUACAUCUACAUCUACAUCUACUGCCGAUCCCGUUGCCCAAAAUGCAAACCACAUCUUCAACGUGAUUUACGACUCCAUGCGCCAAUGGGGUUCAUCCCUUCAUCACAAUGGUGUUUCUUUCUUCCUCGCGACAGUUCCCGCCGGGACUCAGUUAUACCACGGUACCUCGAACCCGGGCACGGUGACGGGCAUGGAAUGGCUCGCCUUUGAACCAGAGCAUGCCAUGGUCUUUGCUCGACCGCAUCGAGGCCCUCCUCCGCCUCCACCAGAUGAUGACAACAACGACGACGGAAGUGACGAGGAGCAGGAGAACCGACGCCACGAAGAAUUGCGUCGUCGGUAUGGUCAAGGGCUCCCGCCAUCUGGAAAAUCCGACGAGAGCGAGUCGGGAUAUCUUCACACCUAUGCUGCCGCUAAGGAUCUUCGACUCGUCUAUAUCGACGGCAUGUCCGCCGGCAAAACAAAGAAGGGAACUCUAGACUCGCAAGAUUACGUCUUGUUCAACGGUACUAUCGAGGGAUUCUCCCAGGACAAGAAGCCAGGCCGCGGUCCUGGCGGUCCCCCCGGCGAGAAAGACCGCGCGAUCAAGGCAUGCGAAAUGGCACAGAAUGAGUGGGAAGGCCAGAUUGAUGGUGUUCUCCGCAUGGAAGCUGGUUUCGAAAUUAUUCUCUGUUCGUUCGAGCGUGACUUGACUCCCGUCCGGACCACGCAGAAGGCGGCAAGCGCAAAGAUUCCCCUGAAACCCCAUGGUCGUCCUGGCGGUGACAAGGAGAGAAAGGGCCAUGGACCUGGUGGUGGACCGGGACCGGACUCUUCGAGGUGGAUGCGCGCGGUUACUGCUCGAUAUGAUAGUAUUGGUGGAAAUCGGGUGUCGUUGAACUACGACCAUUUCGUCACAGCCUACUCAUACGAUUUCAACCUGUUCGCUAAUGAAUCUGCCUUGCCUCGUCUGGCACAUCUUUCAUCCACGGAGCGAGCGGCCAUUCGCGAUGAAUUGACCAGUCUGAUCUUGAGCAACGACACCAAGGAAUCCUCAUGGAACUGGCAAGCCACUGCUGACAUGAUCGUUACGCGCUACUCAGACGAACUGUCUUAUCUGGCAUCUGAGAAGUUUGUGGAUAUCAAGGCAUUCCGUGACCACAUUGAAAUGCUUCUAUCACCAUUCAUCGAUUACAGCGAGCGAAAUACCUCCGACGAGGCCGAGAGAUGUGCCACGCAAUUCUUGCCGUUCCAAACCCAAAAGGAACAGAAUUUGCCAGCGCGCGCUGUGCACCAUGUUGCGCAUAGUGUCUGCUUGGCGUUGCUUGAGGCUGGAAAUGAGGAGAAGCUUAGCCUUGCGCAAAACAGAGUCCAUGUCUUGGUUGAUUAUCUAGAUUGGACAAGUUGGAAAGAGUGCCGCGGUUGUGAAGAUAACGAGAUCUGCGUAAUACCGAUCUGGCCUAUGGGUACCGUAUCUGAUUACAACAACCCCAAGUGCAGAGAUGCGUCUAAACCAUACGAGGGAGAUGACGGUGAGGGUUAUUGGGGUGGGAUGCAUGGAUGA